AAAGCUGAGAGCUUUUCUCCGUUUAGUCUUGUUCUGUUAUUAGUAUUAUUAUGGCUUAACAUCACAGUAAGGCCUUCCAUGGCGGCCACAAAAACAGUACCAGUAGGAGUCAUUCUUGAUCUGAACUCAAGACUCGGUAAAAUGGUGAACAACAGCCUCGCCCUCGCCGUCGAAAAUUACUACCUCGUUCAUAACAAUACAGCCACCAAGAUCACGCUUGUGGUCUGGAAUGUUUCUCAGGACAAUAUCAUCAUAGCGGCAAACAGAGCUUAUCGUCUCAUGCAUGAUGUGAAAGUACGUGCCCUGUUGGGGCCCCAGAAUUCAGAGCAAGCAAGGUAUAUUGUGAGACUUGGUGAGCAAUUACAGGUACCUGUCAUUUGGUUUCCCAUAACUGGUCCAUCUCUUUUGCCACCGCCAUCUCCAUCCUCCAUCUACAUCGGUCAAGGCCUUAAUUGCUAUCAGUUCCAAGCCAUAGCCGCCAGUCUUAAAGCUCUUGGGUGGCAAUCAAUCGUCCCCAUUUAUGAAGAGACUGAAUAUGGCAGUCAUCUUGUUCCAUGCCUCACGAAUGUCUUGAAAGAGAUGGGCAUACGAAUGGCUAACGUAACUGCCAUUGCUUCAAAUUCAUCAGAUCGUGACAUUGACGACAUUCUCCUCAAGUUAAACAACAUGCGAACACAUGUAUUUCUUGUCCAUAUGAGCAUGGAUCUCGGAACAACAUUUGUUUUAUCUGCACAAAGAAAAGAGAUGAUGGGUGAAGGAUAUGCUUGGAUACUUACCCAAGAGCUAUCUUCUUUGACAGAUCCUCAAGUUACAGUCACGAGAAACUUGUAUACUGGCCAGGUCCUAUCUGGCAGUUUUACUGAUUUCUUUGCUUUGAAAAGGUAUAUGCAAGGUGCAUUGGGAGUGAGGCCAAUGGAUUCUAACAAAACAGAUGCGCGUAAGGGGAUAGAGAAUAAUUUCACUGCUAAGUUCGGAGGAGCUAGCCUAACUAUCUAUGGAUGGUGGGCUUAUCACACAAUCGAAGCAUUGGCUAUGGCAUUAGAGAAGCCAGGCGCAGACAAUAAUGGCACAAAACUUCGAAGUGAAAUUCUGGCUACUAAUUUCACAGGCGUGUCAGGGAUAAAUUUUAAUUUAAAAGGAGGACAACUAGAUCAAUCAGUGCUUGAAGUAUACAAUGUGGUGGGAACAAGAGAAAGGAUCAUCGGAUCUUGGAACCCCAAAGAUGGAUUUGUUCAAAAUAAUAGUAAAAGUGGCGAGGUAUCUGGUGAUGGAUACCAACUAAGUGGUCCUCUGGCACUGUGGCCGGGUGACACAUUGGAUAAACCACCAAAGUUGAGAAUAGGAGUCCCAAGAACAAAUUCUUUUCCUGAAUUUGUGAAUGUGGAUAAUUCUAGUAAGCUUCUGAUUGAUGGCUUUGCUAUUAAUGUGUUCCUAAAAGCUAUCGGUGUUUUGCCGUUUCUGUUAAAUAAUUAUGAGUUUGUUCUUUUGCCGAACAAAAAUGCAAGCGAUACUCCCACAAACUAUGAUGAUCUUCUCUGCAGCCAAAUGAAAGACGAGGAUCUUGAUGCUAUAAUUGGAGACAUCGCAAUUGUAACAAAACGCACAAACUGUGUUGAUUUCACGUUGCCGUAUCUAGAUUCAAGUGUAGCAAUGGUGGUAAGGGCGAAGGCCUACAGAAGUAAGGGAAUCCUCUUCAAACCUUUCGAUUGGUCACUAUGGUUAAUUCUUGGUGGGAUUUUUGUGGGCGCAACAAUUAUCAUAAUUAUGUUAGAAAGAAACAAAACCAACGAAAAAGACAAAACCAAUGAAGAAGACAAAACCAAAGAAUUUCGCUCCAACCCUUUCCUUGUUUACAAGAUGGAUGCGAUGGAGUUUAAAAGCAAAUCUGCAGGAUGGAUGGUGAUACUGACGUCACUCCUAUUCAUCUUAGUAGUGCAAGUUUACACGGCGAAUUUGACUUCAAUUUUAACACAAGGAGAGAAGAAAAAGCCUGAAUUUAAGGACGAAAAUGAGGUUAAAAGUAGCAAUGUGUUUGUGGGACAUCGAAAUGGGUCGUGGGUGAAAGGGCUUCUAAUUAACCAAAUGGGAUUCGACCCGUCUCGAUUAAAGCCUCUAGCAACUCGUGAAGAGUACAAUUUAUCAUUGUCAAAUGGAAUAGUGGGAGCUAUUUUUGAUGAAACUCCCUAUCUCACGCUCUUUCUCUCCAGAUAUAGAUCUGGCUUCAUGAUGGCAGGACCAAUCCAUAAAACUGGUGGACUUGCAUUUGCAUUCCCAAAGAAAUCUAGCCUGGCCUUGCAUUUCUCGAAUGCAAUCUUAAAGGUGACUCAAGAUGCGGAGCCAUAUCGUGUGCUGAUGGCCAGGAGCUCCUUACCCACCUCCAUUGAAGAUCUCAUUUUUGAAGACCAAAGUGAUACUGAGACGACAAGUUUGAAAAUAGAUAACUUUGGAGGCCUUUACCCCGUCCUAAUAUCUGUAGUAGCUCUCUUCUUAGGCGUUGCCAUUCUGAAUCCAUCGGUAAUUCAAUGCUUGCGUACAUCAUCAGUGAUUGAACAGUUGCGUAACAGGAAGCAGGAUCCCAAGUUAGCUAAUAAGGCUUAAGUAUACAUUGGAGAAUUCCUAGGUAGUAGCCGCUUAUUAAACAAACAUGUGAUAUGUGUGUAUCCAUAAAGCUUGCUCCUUCCUACCCUAUCUACUUUCCUGUAAUGAACACCCCCUUUUGUUCUUAUUAUAAGGUAUCUUCUAGAAA